AUGUCACUUCGCGACUUGACAUCCAAUCUACAUACGAUCCUAAAUCCAUUGCAAGAAAACACCAGGGGCACGCAAAAUGUGAUUCUUGGGAUUCUUAAAGAGAAACACAAAGGUUUUGCCGACAUGGAAGGCUCCAGAUUGAUAGAAGAACUUGUCAAAUUGCAAAAUGAAGUAGAGAAACGGCAAGGUAUUGUCACUUCUGAGGACACCAUCAAUUUAAUGGAGCACCACCAAGAGCUUGCUGGCCGCAUGAACAUUGCACUACCCUCCAAUCAACCGGCCCUUGUAAACCACCAAUACGUCAGUGAUGUUCAAAUCGCACUUCGAGAGUUGACAUCCAAUUUGCGUAUGAUCCUACGCCCAUCAAAAAUCAAUCCCAACAGCUUUCAUAACAGCAUUCUUCGGGAACUGAAGGAAAAAUACCAAAAAGACCCCCAUGCAAAAGUAAUUUUGGGUAUACUAGAAGAAAUGGCCAGAGUUCAAGAUAAAAUUGAGGCACAAGAAGGCAGUCCCACAUUUGGAGACUUCAUUGAAGCCACCUAUUUAAACGUGAAGGAAUUCAUCUGGAAUGAAAGGGUUGAUACAGAAAGUAUACAUGAAACCCCACAAUGUGUUUCCGAUGUGAAGAAUGCACUCCUCAUAAUACAGCGUAACAUAGAUGCAAAGCGUGGAUCUUAUGAAUACGGUUUGAAAUUCCCAUAA